AUGGCGCUGUACAACCAAACCGUGGAUUUCCUCUCCGAAUCCUGGGCCAACCAGCGAACACAACUUCCCCUGUUGGCCGUAACGGGCGCAUCUUUCACGCUCGGUCUCCUGCUUCGAUCAAUUUUCAGAGGCGAUGUGCAUAAACAGACUAUCCUCAUCUCGCCCCGCUCAACGACUGGUUCUACCCUGUCGGAGGAAGAGAAUCGCAAACUGCCAGUCCCAGAUGACGUGCUUCCCGGCGCGCGCGAUGUCGCGAGCCCGUAUGGGUCGAUCCGAGUGUAUGAAUGGGGUCGAGAGGAUGGACCGAAGGUUUUGCUCGUGCAUGGCAUCACAACGCCAUGCAUCGCGCUCGGCGGGGUGGCCCAUGCGCUCGUCGAUCGGGGUUGCCGUGUAAUGCUGUUUGACUUAUUUGGGAGAGGAUACUCCGACUGUCCGUCGGAUCUUCCCCAGGAUGAGCGGCUUUUCGCUACCCAGAUUAUGCUCGCGUUGACUUCAUCACCUAUCUCCUGGACGGGAGCUGGAUCGGGCAAAUUCUGCCUGGUUGGGUACUCCCUGGGUGGUGGAAUUGCUGCAGCAUUCGCAUCUUUCUUCCCCAAACUCUUGUCUUCGCUCGUCCUUCUUGCACCCUCUGGUCUUGUCCGCGAUUCUCAGAUUAGCUUCCAAAGUCGCCUUCUGUAUGAGCGUGGCCUCAUGCCAGAGUCUCUCUUGUCAUAUCUCGUUGGUCGCCGUCUGAGAGCUGGCCCUCUGGUCUCACCUAAGAAGAAUAAGAAUGAGAAGCUCAACGCCGCGGAUGCUCUUACCGAGGAGUUGCCGUCGCAAAGCGCGGCGGAGAUUCAAGUCCUGUCUCGCGAGUAUCCUCAUAUCGACGUUCCCUCAGCUGUGGCGUGGCAAGUAAACAGCCAUUCUGGCUUCGUUCAUGCGUUCAUGUCUAGUAUGCGUCACGGUCCUAUCUUGGGUCAACGGCAAUGGGGUACCUGGGCACGCCUGGGCGAGUAUCUGAGUGCACAGAACAGCACUGUAUCGGAUGAGAAGACCGAGAAGGGAUUGCCAAGUGACAAGGUUCACAUCCUCUGCGGUAACACCGAUGCCAUCAUCAUCAAGGAUGAGCUUGUGAGCGAUGCUACCGCUGUCCUUGGUGGAAACGCAGUCUUCAAGUUCUACGAGGCUGGUCACGAGUUCCCCAGCACUAGAUACGACGAGGUUGCAACUUACAUUGCGAAGUUGCUUUAA